GCAUAAUGCUUAUGUGAUUAGUCUCUUGCCUUUGGAGUUUCUCCCUAUAUUCUUUUUCAAUCCGACUAAGCAAUUUGUUUUUCACUUAUUUUUCAAAAUUCAAUUUCUAUUUUAAAAACUCAUAAGCAAGUCCUAUUGCAUUAUAUAUUUUUAUAAAUGUUUUAUUUACACAAUAUAUGUUUUGUUUUGAUUAUUCUCUCAGUCCUAGUUUUGCCAUUUACAAUUGGGGCAUCACAAGUUCCUUGCUUCUUCAUUUUUGGAGACUCACUGGUUGAUAAUGGGAAUAAUAAUGAUCUUGUAACACAGGCAAAGGUGAACUAUCUACCUUAUGGAAUCGAUUUUCCGCUUGGACCGACCGGCAGAUUCACUAAUGGUCGAAAUACAGCUGACAUUCUUGCUAAGCUUCUGGGAUUCGAAAAUUGUAUCCCUCCCUUUGCAACAGCACAAGGUCGGGACUUCAUCAAUGGUGUCAACUAUGGGUCGGGAUCGGCGGGAAUUCGAAGCGAGACAGGCCAGCAAUUGGGUGAUAGGAUCAGUUUGGACAGGCAGUUGUUAAAUCACAAACUUACAGUUUCACGCAACGUUCUUCUUCUUGGAAACGACACUGCAGCCAAACGGCACCUAGGAAAAUGUCUAUACACGCUUGUAAUUGGCAGUAACGAUUACAUAAACAACUACUACAUACCACAGAGUUAUUCAACAAGCAGAUUAUAUACACCAGAUCAAUAUGCCACUGUCUUAAUUCAACAAUAUUCACAGCAGCUAAAGACUUUGUACAAUUAUGGUGCAAGAAAAGUAUCAGUUUUUGGGCUUGGUCCAAUAGGUUGCAUUCCAGCAAUGUUGGCUAUGGGGACUAAUGGAUCAGUUUGUGUUGAUUCAGUAAACCAUGCAGUUCAAUUAUUCAAUGACAAGCUGAAGCUUCUUGUUGAUGACCUCAAUAAAAACUUGACAGAUGCAAAAUUUAUCUAUAUAAACGCCAUGGAAAUCAUGUCAGGAUUUCUUUCAGAUCUUGUUAUGAGAAUUCUCCGUUCGCCGUGCUGCAAAGUAUCGACAGAUGGACUGUGCAUUCCUGGACAAGAUCCAUGCCCAAUCAGGCCAUUGCAUCUGUUCUUUGAUAAUUUUCAUCCUCCUGAAACUGUAAAUUUGCUAGUGGCAACAAGAGCAUACACUUCGUUACUAUCUUCUGAUGCAUAUCCCUUUGACAUUCAAACCUUGAUUCGAUUAAAGUUAUGAUUUCUACAGUAUAUUAUUGGCUUCAAUAUGUUGUAUGGUCUACAAGAAAUUUGUCUUUUCGUGAAGUAAAAGUUAAUAUUUCAUGUAAACGAUUGUCAUGGAUAAAAACCAUUGUCUUGGCUCCAAUAUAAUGAUUUUUUCAUAGUUUGUAUUUGUA